AUGUCUGAACAACAAGAACAGCAGCCAUCGCAGGUCUCAGGACAACUGAAGAAUGCCCAAGGGGCCACAUACCAAGCGGUGGGAUCGGUCCUCCCUUCCUCCCUCGGCGGCGAUGCCUGGGUUAGCGACGGGAAAGCGCUGUCGAGCCAGGGCCAGCAAGAAGUGGACGCGGCAAAGAGUGCGGCUGCCAAAGAUGCGACUGUGGAAGCCGCCUCGGCCAAGGUCAAGUCGACUUGGGGAUACGUCACGGGAAACCAGGACCUCCAAACCAAGGGCAACGUCGAGAACGAGGAGGCACAGUGGAAGUACAAGCAGGCGACCAGUGACGGUGUGGCUACUGCGCCCGUCCCUUCGCUUGAGGGCGUAAAGGGCAAGAUUGAGAGUGUUGCGGGCAUGGUCACAGGUGACCAGUCAAAGCAGAUGGAGGGCAACAUGCGUGCAGAGAAGGCUGCCUGGAAGGAUGGGGUGUAG